AUGUCCAUCAGCACCUUCUUGGCUGAUGAGAACUUUGGCUCCUGGGCUGAUGAGAUGGAGGAUAUGCCUUUGCCUGCUGCUCCCCCUUCCCAGUCUGCGUUCGGCGGUGACCGUCGCUUCGGUGGUGGUUCUUCUUCUGCUGGAUUUGGCGGCAGCAGCUUUGGUGGUGAUCGCGAACGUGGCGGAUAUGCGGUCAGAGAGCCUCUUCCUCUUCCCACCCAGCCUCCCUACACCGCCCAUGUCGGAAACCUCUCGUUUGAGGCGACUUCGGCCGAUAUCUCCGAUUUGUUCGCCGACUGCAGUGUGACGAACGUUCGUAUUGUCGAGGAUAAGUUGACGAGAAGCCCAAAGGGCUUCGGCUAUGUUGAAUUCGAGACUGUCGACGGCUUGAAGAAGGCUCUCGACCUCUCGGGCACCACGCUCCAGGGAAGAGCAAUCCGCGUCAGUAUCGCUGAGCCUCUCCGUCUUGCAGCCAAGGAACGUGAUGUCAAGGAGCUCGACUGGACACGCAAGGGUCCUCUGUCCGUACCUGAUGCGCCCCCCCGUCGUGUGCCGGAUCGCUCAAGCUUCGGCCGCAAUCUCGACAACGUUUCCGAUGCGGGUAGCGAACGUGCUGGUGGACGCCGCAACUUCGAAUCGGAUGGAAAGCCGCGUGAUUUUGGCAACUGGGAGCGCAAGGGCCCUCUUUCUCCCGUGAGCGGCCCCGGACCCGUCAGAGAAGGUCGUCCUCGCAGCAACGAAGGCCCCGGUUUCAGAAAGAGCUCGCCUGCUUGGGGCGAGGGACGCUCCCAGGAUGGCUCGAGACCCCCGCGCCGGGAAUUCCAGGAACGUGCGCCCACUGCUGCCGAGCUCGACAACUCGUGGAGAGCCAGAAUGCGACCCGAUCAGCCCCCUGCUAAGGAACCCAGCAACCCUCCUUCUCCCGCAGCUGCUCCUGCCACUCUUGCUGCUGCCGCCGCCCCUGCCGCCCCUGCCGCGCCCGCCUCUCGCCCAAAGCUGAACCUGCAGAAGCGGACCGUCACUGAGACCCCGUCGAGCCCCGCUGCCACCGCCGACACGAAGGCUAGCCCGUUCGGUGGCGCACGCCCAAUCGACACCGCUGCGAGGGAGAGACAAGUUGAGGAGCGUCGCCAAUUAGCGAUCCGCCAGAAGAAGGAAGCGGAUGAGAAGGCCAAGGUGGAGAAGGCCGACAAGCAACGUCAGACCAAGGAGCAGGUCAAGACGGAAAAGUCUGCGCCCGCCGCCGACUCCAACGACAAGGAUAGCGCGGAGAUGCCUCAGGGUGGAAAGAACUUCGAAAUCCUCCGGCGGGCCGGUGAGGACGAGAACGGCGAAGCAGCCCAGGCAGAAGAGGCCGCUGCUCCUGCAGCUGGCGAGGAAACAUCGAAGCAGGCUCCUGCUAGCAAGGCUAACGGCAACUGGCGCAGCGCCCCUGCAAAGCCUGCCGAGCCUACUGUGGACGAAGAGGGCUGGAGCACGGUGAGCUCGCGGCAACGCAACAACCGCCGUGGACAGUCUGGCCGCCCAUUCGCAUAG